GGCGGAAGUGCAGACGGUGGAGAAAUAUUCGACAAAAAGGUUCUUACACUUACUUUCAGUGAGCCUUUUGCUUUACAAGAGGUACGUACAACUUCUUUUAUUAAAAUAACGCAAGGUAUAGUUUAUUGUAAGGCAGAGGAGUCGACUAAAUCAACCUAACUCUGCCAUCGCUCUGCCGGAUCAGCUCGACAAGACAUUUCCAAAUCCAAGUCCUGUCUAGAUCUGUAGAUUAAAUAUUGCUUUAUCAUUGAAAUGUAGGGUUUACAUCAAUAUUUACGCAACUUAACGGUACUUUUACGCUAGUAUUUAGUAAAUGGGAUCAUGAUAUUUCCUACAUUUUCACGCGUUAAUAACAUUCUUUACGUAGUUAGAUGGACCUAGACACGGGAAAGUUGAUUUCUCAAUUCAGUUAUUUCAGAAACAACAAGAGAUUUUGAAUCGAAAAGCUUCAAGCCACAUUAACCAUAUCAAAAACCACUGGCUUUUCAUAAUGUACCAGCCUUUUCACUAUUUGUUAUCGCUUUAGUAGAAGUAUUACAUUGUUUAGCAAAAAUAUGUGUGCACAUUCCAGGCGCGGAUCUCGAAGAUAAAUACUGACCGAUUUCCUAAAAGAGCGCCGAAGGCGCAAGAUUCUAGAAGGGUCCGGGGUGCGGGCUCCCUUAGGAAGUUUUUUUGGAUUUUUGCUCCUGAAGUCCCCUUUCCUGGGUUUCCGAGUCAUUCGGACUGGAUAUGGCCAGAUUUCAACGUUGAAAGUGUUUUUAUUAUUAAAAAUGUAUUAUUAUGAUUGAAAUGUCACCGAUUUCCGUAAAUCGGUGGAAACCGGUGUGGAUCCGCGCCUGCAUUCUUUCAACGGACGUAACCGGCGUUGUAUGCAGUUUGAUCAGUAAAUCUUAAGUAUCACAUGACAAACAAAACAGUGAAGCUCAGUCUUAAAGCAUGUUAAAGAAAAAAGAUCGCUUGUGUAUUGUGUGAAGCGCUACCAAUUAUGCAAUAGGUCAGACUGAAACUUACACUUGACAUGAAGUGAGUCAACCUAAGUUCGACGUGUCGACGUCUGACCCAACAGACGAUAUCUUAACUUAAUUUAGGUCGACCCAAAUUGAAGCUUGGUUCAUCUCAUGAAAAGUUCGACUUUUGGCCUAGGAAAAGUGUUCGUAAAGUUUAAUAUACAUUACAUUCAGUGUAUCAGCUAUUGCUCCAGUAAUUUCUUUUGUAUGACUUAUCUUCGAAAACAUUAAUUUUCGGCUCAGUUUGGUCCAAGUCAUGUUAUGGUAUUUGACCAUUAAUUUUUCAAAACUCCGAUUGGAGAUGAAUGCAUGAACAAAAUAUUUCUCAUUUUUUAUCGUUUCGAAAGUUACUUCUGCAUUCCGAAAUGUGUAAAAAUUUGGACUGUUUAUGUUUUUUAGACAAUGGCAUCCAAGGGACCGGAGUGUUCAAUCUGUUUUGAACGUUUCAAUGACGAAAACAAAUGUCCUCGGUUGCUAAGUUGUGGACACAGCUUCUGCUCUUGUUGCUUGGAGAGACUACUCCAUGGUAACACCAUUGAUUGUCCUAAAUGCAGAAAUCCAGUUGCCGUUCCUUCUGGGGUCCAUGGCCUGUUAAAGAAUUUUGCAUUACUGGACAUUGUGAACGAAACGGCACCCAAACAACAGGCUGAAAAUACAGGUCAUGUCGGCUCUCACGAAUGUGAAGCUUGUGAUGAGAAACACCCUGCCAAUUUCUGUUGCCUUGACUGCAAAGAAAAUAUGUGCAAAACUGCGGCUCAGUUUCAUAAACGCAGCAAAACAAGUCGUGACCACCGCGUUGUUUCCCUCGAGGAGCUGGAAGCAAACCCUCAGCUGGCUUCUGUAUCGGUUCUCUGUCCAGAACAUAACGAUCAAUUCCGCUUUUUUGACCAAGAUUGUGGUCGUGUUAUUUGUAGAGACUGUUAUGCCCUUAAUCAUAGCGGGCACAAGUGUGUAAUUGUAGCUGAAGCUGCUUCAAAAUACCGACAGGAGAUGGAGACGAUUGUAAGCAAAGCCAGCUGUCAAGCCGAAAAGAUUUAUGCUGCUGAAGGUGAAGUGAUGGAUGAACUUUUUUUAAUGGAGGUAGCUUGCGAAGAACAGCGGGAAAAAAUUCAAGGCUUUUUUAGAAAGGUAUGGCAUAUCUUUGUUAUUGGGGUACCACUUACGAGUUACUAUCCGAAUUUCCUAUUGCUUUUUAACGGUUUCUGCUAACAAUUAUAAAGAAACAAAAUAAUCUCAACGUGGAAUGCAGAAACCAGUGAUUUGUUAAUACCUAUCCUGAACUAAGGCCAAUGAACUAGAUAUUUAAGGGUAGGCCGCUCCCGGAUCAUGAUUGUUGAAUGUAUUCACUGAACUCACCUCGUAGCUAGCCUAACACACGGGAUGUAAGCCCUAAGAACGUCCGCGCUAAAGGCUUCUUCAAGCCUGCGUGCAAACGUCUCCAAUUUCCUUUGGACACAGACUACGCACCUCGGAACACAUCUAUCAACCGUUUUUUAUCUGUAUUGUUUGUGUGGAAUAGGUCCGCGGAUAUUACAGAGUGUGCGUUUUCUUUUGUAUAUUUAUAGCUUCAUUCCGCACUAUCUAACCGAGAGCAAGUUUUGAUGGAUAAGUUGUCCAGUAUACAUCAACAAAAGAAAUCCAUCCUCACGGAGCAGCUCGACCGUUUGGAAGUAAACGAAGCAUUUUUAAAGAGUGCAGCUCAACGAGCAGAGUCCUCCAUCCAAUCUCCGAGUGAUGUUCAGUUCCUACUCAACAGGCCGGAUAUAGUCUCGACGCUCGAGACCGAAAAAUGCUACUCAAUGGUGCUUGAGCCAGAGGCACAGUUUAUUCCAGAGUUCACCGAGAGCGAAGAGGAGGGAAUGGUGAGAAUUCAAAUUUUGAUUUUAGUUAUCCAUGAAUUAGCCUGGGACCCAGACUAACGGUUUUCUUCGAACGCCAUUCUCUUCUCCGGGAUGAAUAUUCUAGCAGAUAUUCUUUACAUAGCAGUUGUCAUCUACCCUGGUCCCGGACGUUUUUCUGGAAAAUUUUCUCUGCGUAAGAGAGAACGAGCUGUGCAAAGUGGCGAUCUAGGACCAGGGUAGUUGUCAUUUGUCGAGUAUUAUAUGUUCAUUUCGGUGUGAAAUUUUCCACCAUUAUUCUCCAGCUCUAUCAAUAGAGCCUGAGCUGAGCUAACACAACCUCUUCCCCAGGGCGUCAUAGUUGUCUACCUAUUUCUGCAGUUAUCCUGCACCAUUAUCGCCUUUUUUGGCGAUAUCCCAAACGUCAUCCAAAUUUGGUCAACGCUAACUAGAAUUUGCCGAGGAUUUAAGCCAAUCAGAAACGAGGAAAUAUUAAUCUCUUUUUACAAUAUGGUGGAUGCAACGCCCGUUGCAUCAGUGUCGCAGUCACUCCACAGUCCACACCGCCUGUAUAGAGUCUAUAGACUAUGUGGAAAACUGGGACUCAGUAUCACGUGUUUUCGUUUUGGGAAAAUCCCACCCCUUACGAGCUUUUCCCUUACUCGAAGAUUCUGAGUUUUUGUUGUUGUUGUCUCUGAGUGGUAGUUUUGAGAAGCUGCAUUGCUAGUCGAGUAGUAUAUUUAUGAAGUUAUUAAGUUAUCCCGUCUUAUUAAGUUAUUUAAUACUUUAGGUUAGCCUCUCUUCGUAGUCGUUAUGUACUUGCCUUGUUUUAUGUUAGUUUAUUCUAUUUACUGUAUAGUAGUGUCUUCACUGUUAUUUAGUCCAUCUGUAAAUAAACCUUGUACUUGCAAUAUGUCUUCAGCUCCCCACGCCUCGAUUAGUUUAUAAGCUAUUUGCGGGUGGGAAAGUAAUGUAAUUAGUUAUAUUUCCAAUUUUCAAUAAAAUUUGUUGUUUUUGUUUAGUCUGAAGGUUUUGAAUUAUGAUCUUGAAGAUCACGUGAACAAAGUCUACGAUUGUGUCCGUUUUAUUCAGACUAUACCAAUUGUGUGGGCCAGCUUUGCGCACAGUCGUUGCCCAUGAUCGAUUACAGAGUACAGACACACCAAAAUUCAUUUCUCAGUUCACAAAUAUAAGAACUCAUCCAUAGGUUACUUAAAAUAUGGUUGUCGCAAAGACAAUUUUAUUCUAUAAAACUAUUAAGAAAGGUAAUAUCGAGUGAAAGAUGACUAAGCGUGCCAAGUAAAUCGCUUUUUUAGUAAAUGAGCUUUACGAAAUUGACUUUCUAAAGAAUGUAAAAUGCAACGAUCUCUUUCAGCCUGUCACGUACCGUUCCAACAAGAGUAUAGAGGCGGUUAUCCAGAGCGCAGGAGACAUCAGUGACAUAUCAACCUGUGCAGCAAACACUACUGCAACUGGUCCGGGAAUAAGAACUGCAAACCCUGGAAGGAAGGUGACAUUCACUAUUACUUCUCAUGACGGCCGGAACUUUCAACGCAAGCUUGGUGGCGACGUUUUUGAGGUGAAACUGAAACCAGAGGUGGGAGGAGAUGAAAUAAAGGUAGAAUUGAACGACCAAAAGAAUGGAACUUACUUGGCAGAAUAUACUGUCGACAAUCUGUGUUGCAAAUUGACAUUGUCGGUAUUCUUGCGAGGUGCACACAUCAAAAACAGUCCUUUUUCUGUUCUAGUUGAACCUCUAAAUCCUACUGAGUUGUCUCUACCGUCUAGAAGGGAAGAUGAGCGAGCCGAUAGACAUCUAGGUAGAAAUCCGAUCGAAACAAGGCAAGAUGGAUAUCCAGCUAGAAAUCCGAUCGAAACAAGGCAAGAUGGAUAUCCAGCUAGAAAUCCGAUCGAAACAAGGCAAGAUGGAUAUCCAGCUAGAAUUCCGAUCGAAACAAGGCAAGAUGGGUAUCCAGCUAGAAAUCCGAUCGAAACAAGGCAAGAUGGAUAUCCAGCUAGAAUUCCGAUCGAAACAAGGCAAGAUGGAUAUCCAGCUAGAAAUCCGAUCGAAACAAGGCAAGAUGGAUAUCCAGCUAGAAAUCCGAUCGAAACAAGGCAAGAUGGAUAUCCAGCUAGAAUUCCUAUCGAAACAAGGCAAGAUGGGUAUCCAGCUAGAAUUCCGAUCGAAACAAGGCAAGAUGGAUAUCCAGCUAGAAAUCCGAUCGAAACAAGGCAAGAUGGGUAUCCAACUAGAAUUCCGAUCGAAACAAGGCAAGAUGGAUAUCCAGCUAGAAAUCCGAUCGAAACAAGGCAAGAUAGAUAUCGAGGUAGAAGACGAGGCAACAGGGAACCAGGCGAGGCGGAGCCGAUUACUGGCGUCGGAUAUCGUUUUUGA